AUCCCCAGGUGGUAUUGGAAUCAGGCCUGUGUCACAUGUGGGGAGGGCAGCUGCACCCAGCCACCCUCUGACUUCUCUCCUCCCACAGAUCAGCCAUCUGCAAGCUUCCCUUCUACAUGGAGAGGAGGAAGACAGUCAUGGGACCCCAGGGAGCCAGGAGACAGAUAGGGAUGAGGAAGAAAUGACCAAACAAGAUGACAAAAGAGAUAUCAACAGACACUGCAAGGAGAGGCCCUCUAAAGAUAAGAUGAAGAUGAAAAAACCACAUUAAAUUUGGAGAAUUCCAACAAAAGCCUCUCUGCUGAACUCAGAGAAGUUAAAAAGGACCUUCAUCGGUUACAAGAAAACUUAAAGAUUUCAGAAGACAUGAAUUUACAAUUUGAAAACUAACUGAA